UAUUAUAUAUAUGCGAAUAAACUGCAUUAGAAACGCGAGAGGAGACGCUAUUUCAGACUGAGAGUAAUGGAUGAAACAAGAAUUUCUCGCAAGUGAUAUAGCGAAUCAAUAAAUGAUCUACGAUCUACGAUCUAUUUACAAUAAGCUUCCCCACCACCGUCGGUCGAGAUGGCGCACGUGGGUAUGUCCGGACAACAGUACCUCGCAGCCAUGCAUUUGAGCGGCCGAAGUGCCAACAAAUGAAGUAAAGCUUCUUUUAUCAGUCAGUCACAACCGCUUGAGCGAAACAGUUGAGUUCUGGAGUCGGUGGUGCAUUUACCGUGCGAAACCCAUUCCGUCAUUUUGUUUUUCCCCGGGAUCUCUACCUCUGUGCACCUUUCCUUGUACAAUUCUCAGAACGCUGGAUCGAACAUCGAUCACAGUGUGCCAUCGUGACACGACGAAGCCAACUUUUUAUUUCGGCUCACGUAGCACGGAUCGAGAAGAGUCCCGUACAAAAUCACACGCGAGUUCAACAAGAUCGAGCAGUGAACAAUCAGAAGUGGCAAGGUUAAUCAAGUAUCAAAGAACAAUAAACACUUUUCAAGGAAACGUGGACACGCUGGCGCAAAUUCCUCAAUACAUCGUUACUACAUCAAGACUGACUGAAAUAGGCAGAUCUGACGUGAAAGUAUCACAAGUCGAUCCUGUACUUUGCCAAUAUCGUGGAGGAUACUACAAAAUUGUCCGUCAACGCCGAACUCGAUAUGGUCGGUUUUCCGGACUCGCCGACUGAACCGGCACUGUCAAACGUAACUGUUAUAAAGUUAAACGAUUGCACGGAUCGUAAUGAGCAUCUAGUAAACAAACCUAAUGACAGGGAAGUUAAGGAUCACGCGAUUACUAUAGAACGAGACAACAUGUCAAACGGCAAGGAUAACUAUGCGUUAGAUUUCGACAGUAUGGAAAAAGCUAUCGACAACAAACUAAACACAUCGACCGACAUUAAGGCAGAACCUGAUAUCGUGAAGAAAGUGGCAGCGGGUCUGAAAAAUCCUAACGGCCAAAAGAACAAAACGGACAUGUCACUGUCCAAUCUCGGUGGUGGAACAAUUUCAAGUGGAAGUUCCGUAGUGACCAUCUCUUCCGUCGCAAAUUCAGAUCCUGAUCCUGACUUCCGUAAUGACACGGGCAGCUUUGGUAACAGACCAUACAGAAACGAGAAAUGGUAUCAGACCACCUUCCAAGUCGCUGUUCCCUUUUUCAUCGCCGGGAUAGGUACGAUCGGCGCGGGCCUGGUGCUUAACCAAGUCAAGGACUGGCCAGUAUUCUGCACCAUUUCUCAAUUAUUCAUUUUAAUCCCUUCGCUAUUGGGCUUGAAAGGCAAUCUUGAUAUGUGCUUAGCCUCGCGAAUAUCCACGCAAGCCAAUUUGGGUAACAUGCACGAGUUUCGAGAAAUCGUGAAAAUAAUUGUUGGUAAUAUCGCAUUGGUACAGAUACAGGCGAUCGUCGCGGCUGUUUUGGUAUCGAUCUUUGCGAUCACAGUCGACGCUAUAAUGGAAGGCAGCGAGUACACUUUCAAAUGGAACAAUUGCCUAUUAUUAGCCACAGCUAGCGUCUGCACUGCCACGAGCACUUGCUUUAUUCUAGAUUUUGUAAUGAUCGCCGUUAUCAUGAUUUCAUAUCGAUGCAAAAUGAACCCCGACAAUUUAGCUACGCCUUUGGCUGCCUCCUUUGGAGACGUCAUAUCAAUUAGCGUUCUAUCGACGAUAGCAUCAGGAUUGUUCGACAGAAUGACGCCAGAACCAUGGAUCUUAUACGUUAUACUUGGCUGUUACUUUUUAAUUUUACCAUUUUGGAUCUAUGUGGUUCUUAAGAAUAACUAUACUAGAAAUGUUUUAACAUCUGGAUGGCUUCCUGUUUUAUCAGCCUUGUUUAUCAGUGGAUUUGGCGGUUUGAUUCUUGAUCAAGUUGUUGACUCGUUCGAUGGAUUCGUGAUCUUUCAACCGAUCAUAAACGGAAUUGGUGGUAAUUUAGUCUCUGUGCAAGCAUCUCGAAUCUCAACUACAUUGCACCAGACAACGAUUAUGGGAAUUUUACCGCCACACUCGAAAAUUUUCAUCAGUCCGUGGAAAGCGCUCUUUAGAGGCUCGCUGUACGCGAAAACAGCCAGAAUACUCAUUUGCAUGGCGAUUUUCGGUGAAAUAAUUUUUAUUUUUGUCGCCGAUUAUAUCACAAAGGGAACGUCCACGUUACAUAUAUGCUUUGUGAUUUCUUACAUCGUCAUGGCCGUUCUUCAAGUUAUGCUGUUGCUCUACGUGGCGCAUAUCAUUAUUCACGCUAUGUGGCAACACAAAAUCGACCCGGACAAUUCCGCUAUUCCAUAUUUGACGGCAUUGGGCGAUCUCUCGGGAACAGUAUUCUUAGCAAUAGCAUUUUGGUUCCUCAUAAGUAUACAUCAAGAGUACGGAAAAUAAAAGACUGGUUAAAGUAACAAGAUUGACAAGCAAUUUUUAUUGCGUGUCAAAUUUUUCUUAGAAGAUGUCAUAUAAUUUACACGGCGUAAUCACGUCGAUGUAAUGGUGUACGAAUGAACGAGACAGUAGGAGACGAAGAUUAAUUAAGAGAGUGAGCGUUUCGUGAAAACGGGUACAAUACGUUAUUACGGGACGAUCUGAUUGAUCUGAAACGGAUAAAACAGCAGGAUUGUUUCCCUCCAUUAAGAGACGUUCUUAAUGGUACGUUACUCGCGUUAAUUAGUUAUUAUACGCUGAACAUAAUAGAUUAAAGAAAUACGUCACUGUUCUUGAAAUAGGUAUACGAAUAGGAAAAAAAGUACAAUGACACUGAUUCUAAUAUAACUGGAUCGAGCAAAGUGAUCCAUCAUAGUGUAAUUUAUUAUGAUCUAGUGAUCGUACAGUCUCAAUUAGACGAAAUAAACAAAAAAA